UUACCCCCCGGCUGAAACCCUGCCUGAUUUGUGGGCAAUGUUGGGGAUGUAGAAAAAAAGGAAACCGGAGCAAAGAGAGCGCAAGGGAGAGAUAGGGAGACAACACUAACUGGGUAGCUAUGGAGAUAGUAGGUUUUCCUGGUAGCUUUCUUUGACAGGUGUCGAGUGGGAUAAAAUAAAGUAUCAGAACAUCCUCCAAGAUGUACGGCAAGGGUAAAGGAGCUGUGGUCCCCUCCGAUAGCCAAGCAAGAGAAAAAUUAGCAUUAUAUGUGUACGAAUACCUGCUACAUGUGGGAGCACAGAAGUCCGCACAGACCUUCCUGUCUGAGAUUCGAUGGGAGAAGAAUAUUACAUUAGGGGAGCCUCCCGGAUUCCUCCAUUCGUGGUGGUGUGUAUUCUGGGAUUUGUAUUGUGCGGCUCCAGACCGGAGGGAGACAUGCGAGCACUCCAGUGAGGCAAAGGCCUUCCAUGACUAUAGCGCAGCGGCAGCGCCCAGCCCCGUGAUGGGCAACAUGCCCCCGAAUGACGCCAUGCCAGGUGGUCCCAUGCCCCCAGGCUUCUUCCAGGGACCACCCGGCUCUCAGCAGUCCCCCCACGCACAGCCCCCCCCACACAACCCCAGCAACCCCAUGAUGGGACCCCAUGGCCAGCCCUUCAUGUCACCACGGUAUCCAGGUGGGCCGCGUCCUGCACUCCGAAUGCCAAAUCAGCCUCCGGGGGGAAUCCCUGGAUCUCAGCCUCUCCUGCCAAACAGUUUGGACCCGACAAGACCGCAAGGACAUCCUAACAUGGGUGGACCUAUGAGAAUGAACCCUCCUCGAGGAAUAGCCAUGGGCCCACAGAAUUAUGGAGGUAUGAGGCCUCCUCCCAACUCCAUGGGCGGUCCCAUGCCAGGAAUGAACAUGGGUCCCGGAGGAAGAGGGCCUUGGCCAGGACCUAAUGCCAACUCUAUAGCCUACUCCUCCUCAUCUCCAGGAAACUAUGUGGGUCCUCCAGGCGGAGGAGGUCCACCUGGAACUCCCAUCAUGCCCAGCCCAGGUGAUUCGACUAACUCCAGUGAAAACAUCUAUACAAUGAUGAAUCCUAUCGGACCGGGAGGCAACAGACCCAAUUUCCCUAUGGGACCUGGGCCUGACGGGCCAAUGGGAGCUAUGGGAGCCAUGGAGCCGCACCACAUGAACGGAUCACUAGGGUCUGGGGAUAUGGACGGGUUGCCAAAGAGCUCCCCUAAUAACAUGGGGGGCAUGAACAACCCUCCUGGAACGCCGAGAGAUGACGGCGAAAUGGGCGGGAACUUCUUGAACCCAUUCCAAAGCGAAAGUCCUUCUGGGACAGCCCUUGAGCAUGCUGGAACUCUAAUUAAGACGGGCCCUCCUGGAGCAUGCAAGAUGGCCGCCGGUCUGAAUAGGAAGCAGUCACAGAGCAACAGGAAGAGCCUCCUCUCUGACUCCGGCCCCCGCCUCCCUGGCUUCCUGUCAGGUUCUAGACAAUGAGCGAGGGAAGGAGGACAAACGGAGAGAAAGAGGAAGAGAGGAGACUGGAUAACACACCCUCCCGUGAGGACACAGUGUCAGGUCUUUAAGCAGCUGCCUGGAAGCUUCUCAACCGCGACUUUGGACAUUUAGUUUAGUUGGUGUUCCUCCACGAUUCAGUUGAGGGUUAGAUCGUUGCUCUCUGUGUGUACAUUUUUAACAGAGGUGGUGUGAUGAUCAGUGAACCCCCCCCACCCCCCACCCGCCCCCAUUUCUUUGUGUAUGUAUUGUAUCAUUGCUAUUUUUAUUAUUGUAAUAUUGUUAUUAAUGAUAUUGGUAUGCUCAUUUUAAGAUUAGGUUCUAAUUUCUGUUGUUUCUAAGGGCACAUUAUUAUGAUGAAGACAGCACAUGUGCACACAAAUCAGACAUUAUUUGCUGUGUAGCAUGUGGCUAAAUGUGAGCACACUGCCCCUGCAGGUAAGAUGUUAUCCAUCACGGUACUGAUUGGCCCUUUUUUUUCUUCUUUUUUUUUUUUUUUUUUUUUUUUGAGUUUCAGCAGCCAUCUAAAUUUUGUAACUGCUUGUUCAAUAAUCCAAACCAGAAGAAGAAGCAGCUCCUGUUUUAGUAGCUUCCAUGCAGUGAAAUGCACAGCUCUAUUUAUUUAUGUACUUUAAAUUUGUCUUAUGAAUCAUUGUUACUUUUUAUUUUUAUUUUUUUAUUUUUUUUUUGUGUGUGUUAUCCCUGGUUUUUUGUUCAUUGCAGAACUAGUAGCAACUGUGUAAAUAUGCACAUCCAGUCAUCAGCGUCUCCUCAUCUCCGUCUGACAUCAUUAGACCCCUCCUCUUUCCGAGCCCUGAAGGUGCCGACGUCCCCCACUCAGGCUGCUUCCACUAACGCUGCCCACUUAGGUCACUGUUCACUCCAACAUGUGCGUAGGCUGUGGUAUCGUCUCUGCUGAACUGCGGUGAACACUUAGAUUGUUUUUGUUUGCAGAUGAGUCCUCAACACACUGUGAUGUAUGUCUGUGCUUCAUGGAAUUUUUGCUUUUCCCACACCAGUCAGUUUAGCUUGCAGACAUGUUGUCACACAUGCAGUGCUCCCUCUGAAAGGACUUCUGGCUCUCUGCUCAUUGGAUCCUUGGCAUUUUUUAUGUCGGAGCAAAGCCGAAAGAGGAAAGGCGUUGCUCUGUUUGACUGUAACGGGUGGCCUCCCCUCCCUUUGCUCAUCUUGAAGAAAAAGACCUCCGUCCUUUUCCAGCGGGCCAGCAUCGACACACAGCCACACACACCACCCUUCUCUGAUUGUUUUUUUUUUUUUUUUUGUACAACUCUCUCCAUCUUUUGAUUUCAAUUUUUUUGUAAAUACUGUAAAAUGCAUUUUGAUAUCAUUGACAUGUUUUGAUAUUUUCAAAUCACAACAACAGUUGAUCAGAAACAUGCUGAUUCGGGGCAACUGUGUGUUUGUUCAGAGAUGGUGUUUCUUUGAUGAUGAGAAACAGAAACUGGAGCUGCUAUAGACUAUUAUGCUAUUUCACCUCAUCACAGACAGACGUGGCGCUUUACUGAGCAUCAGAGCUGUAGCGUCAAGGGGUCUAAGAGGACAAUUUUGUAGUGAGUGUGUUUGAACGCCUAUUAGCUAACUCACUGUCACACGCAUUUCCUUAACAAAUCCUUAAAUUAAACAUGAUUCUUGUCCAGAAGCCUCCUAUGUUCUUGGAAAAUUUGAAGCAAGGUGGUCAAAAAGCCACAAAACGGGCAAAUUUUUUCACUGUGUUUCACAAGGAAGUUGCAAGAACAGAGCAAAAGAGGCCAGUUUUUCAUAAUAAAACUUGUCCCUUCCGCGUCUUCCUCCGAUACACUGCAUUAAACUACCCUCUUGAUAGAACUGAAGCCGAAAGAAGGCCACACAGGACACUGGCUCUCAAUCUGACACACCAGGGACCAGAGUACAGACUUUACUAUGAAGGAUUUUUUUUAUCUAUUUAAAAUGGGGCGGGGAGAAAUGUUUUGGGAAAGUAAAGAGAGAGAAAAAAAAAAUAACGGACAGAUUUGUUCCUAUUGCUAUGAAGAGGUAGAGUGAGUGCGGGAACAGGCGUUUCCUCCCCUGUACUUUGAAAAACGGUUGUAUAAAAUGCAGUCAAACUUCUCUCUAUCUUUCUGUCCUGUAAGUAAAGCUGUCACAACGUUGAUCAUUUCUGUAUUUCUAUUGUGCUGAUGUAUAAUACUGUAACAUUCAGGGGUAGGGAGGGUUAAGAGAGGAAUUUUUGAGGGGAGUAAAGAUUUUUCUGUUCAGUUCCUCAUUUUUUCCUCUUGAUGACAAAGCAGUAUUGAAUAUGAGGCAGUCUGUCCUUGGGGAGUUGCUUUGUAUCUCAUGUUAGGGUAGUUUCAGAUCCUAAAUGUCUCGUGUAGUAAAAUGAGAGGUUCCUUCUUCGUAUGUUUCUUUAUAUUGUAAAGUUUCUUUAGACAAAAAAAUGUUGCUUAUUGGAGAAAAAAAAGGUGGGAAAAAUGCAUUGAUAAUAAAUGUAAUUUUUUUUUUUUUUUUUUUUUGGUUUUGUUUUAAUUUUCAUCAAGUUGUCAGUCGUUUUUGCCUGUGUCCCCCUUGUUGUAGAUACAUAUUAAAAACAAAUAAAAUGACUUCACUCCUUUUGCCAUGAA